AUACAUUGAAUCAUCCGACAUUUUGCAUUUUGCCCACCAGAAGUCACAUUUUUACUACUUAUUCCCAUAUCAGUGAGACUUCGGGCCUCGCAGCUCGCAGCUCCUUUUUACGGAGUAGUGUAAGUAGUGUACGGAGUAACAGUUACUAAUAAACUUCAGCUAGGUACCUAGCUGCUACUACAACACUAUCACAUCACUACCACCACCCACCGUGCACCACAGCACCAACACUUAUUAUUAGGGGAAUUGAAUUUCGCCCUCUCCGAACAUGAUAAGAAAGAAAGAAACAAAUAAAUUAUUAUUCCAACCUCAUCCCUUCUUCUUUUCUUCUCACUACCUACCUCCUACCUCCUACCUCCUACCUCCUACCUACUGACAUAUUGACAGUACGCUUAUAUGUGAACCAAAUCUCUUCAACAAUCAAUUAAAGGACGGCUACUCGAUCCCUUGAUAUCUUUUGCCUUCCAACUUCCAACUUUCUAAUUCUAUUUUCAUUUCUAUUUCUCUACUCACUUGAUACUAAGUACCUACUCAGAACCCUCCCUUCUUUCAUUCACAUCAAUCACACACAUUGAGUCUUGUUUGUGAGCUCCUAACUGUCUGUGUGUAUUGUACUCGAAUCCACCAGAGUACUUAUGUUGUCAUUUCUCAUCCAUCUCUACAUCCCAGAAUGACCUCAGGCUAUCCAUAUUCACCUCAUCACAAUAAUGGGAAUCCGAACACAGCUCCAAUCGGAAACUCAUUCUCACAUCAGCGUACACUAUGGAACAAUGAAUCUUUUGUUGGUAGAGCAGAGGCAGAUGAAUCUUUAACCUUACCCCCAAUCAGUCGGACGAAUUCCGGGAAUAGAUUAGAGCUUCCCGGUUUAUCCUCAUCACCACUUUUUAUGCCAGAAACUCAUACACGUCAAGUACAACCAGAACUAUCUUCUCAAACUUAUGGUUCAACGGCAAACACAAAUGCCAAUGCAAUCGCAAUCGCAAAUACAACUGCAACUGCAUCCACAUCCACAUCCACAUCCACAAUACUUUCAAAUCCAGAACGUGGUCGAAGUCAUAUAAAACGACCUCGGAGCGCAUCUCCCCCCGAUCUUUUUUCUUUUGAUCAUUUUGAUGAAAGCAACCAAAACCGAUCGCCACCUCCACUUCUACCAUCUUUAAAUCAAGUGGCUCGACAAAAUUCAAGAACAUCCCCACAACGACCAAGAGGUUCCUCUGUCUACGACGAGGACGCAGAGUCCCUAUCAAACGUUGACUGGGAUUCCUUUUUUUCACAACCCAACGUCGAUAUUGACGAUCCUUUUGCGUCGCCACCACGAAUGCCUAGUCAAGCAUCCAAUCCUUACGGCGCAGUUGAUCUCACUGAUUCAUCACCAGCUAUGGCUCCUCCAUCAGAAAGACGCAGAGCUCUUUCCGGCACUAGUUUACGUCCAGCUACGCUCACACGAGCAAAAUCACCAAAACGACGAAAUCCAACAGCAGGAUCAAGAUCCACAUCUGCGAAACGUCGCAAGCUUUCACCACAGGAAAUAAAACCGGACGAUGAUGUCGAAGUAGUUGAUCUUGCCGAGAAUGCAAAUUUACAAGAAUACGAAGCUGCAAAGGCGAAACGGCAGGAAGACUUGAUCAAACAACAAAAUCAGGAUGAAGCAACGAAGCCAGUCAAAUUGGUGGAUUUUCAGUGUAUUAUUUGUAUGGACAACCCUACAGAUUUGACGGUAACACAUUGUGGUAUGUUUUUGAUAACAUGCGUUUUCUAGCAUUUCUAAUACAAUAUAGGCCAUCUCUUCUGUUCCGAAUGUCUUCACUCAGCACUACAUGCAGGAAAUAAUGGUAGGAAAACAUGUCCUGUUUGUCGGACUUUAGUAAGCACCACGAGCCUGCCUGGCCGAAAACCACCCAAAAAUGGCACAUUCCCUAUAUCGAUUAAGUUGAUGACGGCCAACAAAUUGGGCAAGAAAGCUAAGCAGACUUGAUGGUGCCAUGCCAAGGGAAUUGAGAAUAUAUUAUACUGAAGAAUAUAGAAAUGGGCGGGAGCAAUGGACGGAGUUCUAUGGAAUGAUCUAUUGUCAAGACCACGGCGUUUAGGGGCUGGAAUGGGCUGGCAAAAUACCGUAUCUGGGAUUUGGGCUUUGGGAUUCAACACUUUGUACAAUGGCAGGCCGAAUGGAUGGGAUAAAUAUCGCUUCUCUCGAUUUUCUGUGUGCGCGAUAGCAUUAUACAAAAUAGAUUGGGAGGUUGUGAGGGAAUCUCACUAUAUUCAUUACUUGAUACAAUACUUUCUAUAUAAAACAAGAAAAUACGUAGGUAUAUUUUCCUUUGCCCGUUUUUUCACUAGCAAUGCUUAUAUUAAUCGUUGUUCAUGAUGUAAUGAUAGUCCUUGGUUCUCGUUCUCCCUCCACAAAUUGAUGGCGUCAAAAUGACCCCUCCAUUCUUCAUACACAUCUUUAUUUCACACAACACACCAUGA